AUGUGGGGUGGCUACACGGCACCGGGCUUUACACUGAAACGUAAACGCACGGGUGCAAUCUUUGUCACUACGGUGACACAGGAGACAGAGACGACGACAACUCUUAAACUUGGGAGUGAAUUAAAGCUUGUCGGUGGGUUUCCCGUGAACCGUCUUACACUAAAAGACUUGAAACAAGUCAUGCUCAUGGCCCCCAAACCUGUUAGUCUUGUGUUUCUCAACACGGAUGACGUAAUCAUUAAGAACGUGAACGAAUUGUCCAUUGAAAAGAAACUUUUAAAGUCAAAGGACGACAGAUCAGUGACAACUCGACCCCCGUCUUGUCAAGACAAUGGUGAGAAAAGUGACAGUACCAAGUCUUUCAUCACGACAUCGACAGUCUACAGUGAAACGUCUGAGACGAAUCAAUCCAAGAAACGAAAAAUCUCCAAGUUGCAAGUCGCGCUUGUUCGUGUGAACCAGCUAUUGAAUCGUCCGGUUCGACAGGCAGGUCUUCACAUUGCAGUUGGGAAGAGCAUUGUUGUAUAA